CAGGUGACUUGUCACGGGUUUCCCAGACCAAAUCCGUCGCGCUGCCGCUUUAGGCCUGGCGCAUAGUCCCUGACCGAGGGAGACGCGGCUUUUGACCGUCCUGAGCCCGGCGCGGUCGCCGGGCCCGCGGAAAAGGCGCCUCAGAGGCGAGUCUGAAGCUCUUCCUCACCAGAGGCUCUAGGGAGACGCGCGAGCGCGCGCGGGAGGCCGCGGGGCCACGACAGACGCCGUUGACGCCCCCGCCGCGAGCCACGACAAGCAAGAUGCCCUGCUGCAUCGAGUGCAUCCAGACGGCUGAGGUCGGCAUCGUCGAACGCUGCGGGAAGUACUACAGACAAGCGGGACCAGGCGCGAACUGCGUCUGCUACCCCGUCGACGAGAUUGUGGGUGUCGUGAACAUGAGAGUACAGCAAUUAGAUGUGGAGAUCGAGACGAAGACGCUCGACAACGUUUUUGUGAUGGUCGUGGUCAGCAUCCAGUACUCGCCCAUCCAGGAGCGAUUGUGGGAGGCCUUCUACUCGCUAGAAAGCCACAAGCUGCAGAUCCGAGCUUAUAUUGAGGACGUCGUGCGAGCCGUGCUGCCGACGCAGUCGCUCGACGACGCGUUCGAGUCGAAGGAGGCCAUCGCGCUGUCCAUUAAAAGAAGGUUGGACGCGACGAUGCACACGUACGGGUAUCUCAUCCUCAAUUCGCUGGUCACGGACAGUGAGGAAAUCAAAAUUUUACGACGCGUCCUGAUUCCUGAAUCGCCGCGUCGACCUCCACGCCAUCGACGCGACGCCUGCUCGACGGCGUGGCGCUGCAAGUUCCUCACCGCUCGACGGAGCCAGCACGGCCGGGCCAUUGCCGAGAAAUGACUUAUCAGCGGAUAGUGAAGAAUUACGGGGUGCACCCGAUACAUUGGGUGAUUUCCACACAGGUCACGGACAUGACGCCCGACUACCGCGUGCGCAAUGCCAUGAACGAGAUCAACGCGUCCAAAAGAUUGAAGGAGGCCGCGGCCGAGAAGGCCGAGGGCGACAAGGUGUUGAGCGUCAAGUCCGCCGAGGCCGAGGCCGAGUCGAAGUACCUCGCGGGCGUCGGCGUCGCGCGCCAGCGCAAAGCUAUCGUGGACGGCCUCAAGAACUCGAUCAGCGACUUCACGUCGAACGAGCAGAUCAAGGGCGCCUCGUCGAAGGACGUCGUCGACUUGCUGCUCAUCACGCAGUAUUUUGACAUGCUCAACAGCAUCGGCACGCGGCCGGACACGUUGACUGUCUUCAUUGAUGAGGACGGUGAGUAAGGAGGAAUGACAUAGUGCUUAAGACAAAAGGGAAGGACCUAC